AUGCUAGAUGCUCAAUUAUUAGAUAAAGUUCUCCCUGUUGCUUAAAUGUAGUCAAAAUUGAUCAUCAUAUUAGAGUGGCUUCCAGUUAGCCAUAGGUGAAUAAAUUAUUUAAUGAAAUGAGACAGAGUGCAUAUUCAAAUAGAUCAUGGAUGACAACCAAAUUAAAUUCAAAUCCAAGAAUUAGAAUCAAAACUUAAGAAUAAGUCUUCUCUAAUCCUGAUAACUCUAAUUCUUAUACAUAUUAAAGAUAGAAUUCUUAAAGAUCAAAAUAGAGUGUAGGACCAGGUUCUUAUGAGAUUUAACAUCCAGCACAUCUUCAAUAUAAUCGUCCUUGCAUUAGUUUUACUAAAAGUUAAAGAAAAUGGUUAUAACAAUUUUAAAAUCCAGGACCUGGAUAAUAUAAUAUUUUAUAGAAUAAACAAUCAAAAACAUUUGUUUUCAAUUCAAGACAUUGUAGUGAACAUUAUUAAGAAUUUCCAGGUCCUGGUACCUAUGAUUUAAUUCAUAAAUCUUGUAGAAGUAUAUCCUUUGGCACUUCAAGAAAGUUAUCUGAAAAUAAUUCUAAAUUUAUUACACCUGGACCUGGAGCUUAUAAAAUAGAUUACAAAGUAGAAAGAAAAAAAAUAGAUAGAAUAGAGAGACUUCUCAAACCUAAACUUAUGGUUAGAUCUUAUUAUAAUAGAAAAGAGGAUAAAUAUAUCUAAGAAUUAAUCAAAUAAAAAGAAGAAAAAGAAAAAGAAGUUGUUAAUUUAAGACCAAAAUCAGCAAUCUAAAUUAAAUAAGUGGCAAGAAGAAAAAAAAUGGAAAAAAUUAGAAAGAGUAGUCAUGAUAAAUUUGGUCCUCCUGGUCCUGGAAGUUAUGAUAUAAAAGAUUUCAUUGAAAUUGAUCAAGUUAAUAAGAAAAAUGCAAAAAAAUAAAAAUAAAAUUAAGAAGAAAAAUAAAAACUAAAUGAUUCUUUAGGACCUGGUAGCUAUGAUAUUAAAGAUUUUCUUUAUUAAUCUGAAUAUAUUAAAAAAGGUAACACUAAUACAAGCUUUGGAAAAUCAAGAAGAUUUUAAGUUGAAAAGCAUUCAGAAUUAGGACCUGGAAGUUAUGAAGUAGUUGAAGAUUAAUAGUGA